CAGCGUAGCCGAGCAGCAGCCAUAAUUGCCGGAUCAGAACAAGUGCAAUGGAGCCAUGUCGACGCUCACGGCCGAGGAGAACGAUCUCGAGGAUGGGGAUGUGUUUGAGAAUAUCUGGGCUGAAGACAACACCGAGGCUGCGCUUGAAAAGCCGGUGAACCACGGUCCGUCGCCGCCGUUCUACUCGUUGAUCGUGCAGAUAUUCAACACUCUUACCGCUCAGCCGGGCAGGGAGAUCGGACGCUUUGCCAGCAAAAAUGUAAAAGACCGACGCAAAAUGAUCCUCAGACGAUAUAUUGACAUGUGGCGCGACAGAGUCGGGCCUGAUAUCUAUCCUUGCUUUCGCAUGCUUCUGCCUUCCAUUGAUAAAGAACGUCUUUAUGGAAUCAAAGAAGUCGGUUUGGCACGGCUGUUAAUUAAGAUUCUAGAGAUAUCUCCCGACUCCCCGGAUGCAAACUCCAUACUGAAGUUCAGACUACCUGGCACGCACGCCCAAGGUGCGGGCGACUUUGCCGAGCGCUGUUUCCAGAUCAUGAAGAAACGCGAAGCCAAACCCGACUACGGCAAAAUGACUAUCGAUCAGGUCAACGAGACCUUGGAAGAGCUAAGCAAGCAUAGUAAAGCAGACGACCAACUUCCGGUUUUGAAACGGUUUUAUGAGAAUAUGAAUGCCGAGGAAAUGAAAUGGCUGAUUCGGAUCAUCUUAAGAGAGCUUCGGAUUGGAGUCAGUGAGCGCUUAUUGUUUUAUCUCUGGCAUCCUGAUGCUGUAGCACUCUAUAGCAUCAGCCACAGCUUGAAGAGAGUGUGCUGGGAACUUUGCGAUCCCACUGUUCGGCUAACCAAAGAGGAAAGCAACAUAACAAUCAUGUCCUGCUUUCAACCACAAUUGGCAGCUUUUCCUAAACUGUCAUAUGAGAGGGUGGUCAAAAUGAUGGAUAACGAUAAAAAUCUACCUUUUUUCAUCGAAGAGAAGCUAGAUGGCGAACGAAUCCAGCUUCAUAUGAGCGAAAGGGGAAAUAAGUUCAAGUUCUACAGCCGACACGCAAAAGAUUACACAUACAUGUACGGGUCUUCGUUUGACGACCCGAAGGGCUCGCUGGCGAAGCAUUUACGAGGUGUAUUCAAUGAAAAAGUGGAGAGCAUCAUUCUUGAUGGAGAAAUGGUCUCAUGGGAUACUCUAUACGAAAUGAUAGAGCCCUUUGGGACUUUGAAGUCAUCUGCGCUGGCUGAUCAAGACGAGCCUAGUCAAAAGUCCUCGCAUCCUCUGUAUCGCGUGUUUGAUAUACUCUAUGUGAACGGUACCCCCAUGGUCGAUUUUGAGCUGGAAGGCCGUAAAAGAGCACUGAAAGAGUGGCUUACUGAAGUACCUACGCGCUUUGAGCUUCAUCCUUUUGAACGGGCAACUACGCAAGAAGAGAUUGAGGUCAGACUACGACAGGUGAUUGAGCAAUCAUCUGAGGGACUGGUAAUCAAGAAUCCAACAGCCGUGUACACCCCAAAUGGACGCACGGAUCUGUGGAUCAAAGUGAAGCCCGAAUAUAUGAAUGAAUUCGGAGAAAAUUUAGAUGUUUUGGUGAUUGGGGCAUAUUACGGUCGCGGAAAACGCAGUAACUUGAUGGCUAGUUAUCUGUGCGGACUCAGAGUUGAGGACGAGGAUAAUCAGUCUCCAAAAUUUUGGUCUUUUUGUCGAGUUGGGGGAGGAUUCACUGCUGAAGAGUACAGAAGUAUCGCCCGUAUCACGGAAGGCAAAUGGCACGGCUUCGAUCCCAAGAACGUACCCUCCUUCUUCGAACUGGCGGGGUCUCACAAGGAAACCCCAGAUCUAUGGAUUGCACCUGAAGAUUCUAUCGUCUUGGAAGUCAAAGCUUCAGCAGUCGUCCCUGAUUCCGACAAGUUCCGUACAAAUAUGACGCUGAGAUUUCCCAGAUUCAGGCGACUGAGAAUGGACAAAAACCAUGAGACUGCGUUGAGUCUGAAGGAACUGUUGGCUUUGAAGACGCAGAUCGAGUCAGAGAAGCAGGAGCGAGAAACGGAGUUUGAAAAUCAUCGUCAGACGCCCAAGCGGAAGAAACGCAAGCUCGACAUUUUGGAGGCGCCAAAGCCAGCGACUGUCUCGAGCAGCAUGCAAGUCUCCGAUUUAUUCAAAGGUCACUCGUUCUACUUAAUCCUGGAUUCAAGAAAACGAGUCAAGCUGGAACAAGAAAUCUCCGCCAACGGCGGCGAGAUAUUGCGCGAUCGGCCGACAGUCUUUGAGCGAAACUGGUAUAUCAUUGCAGACUCGAACUUGAUUCAGACCGCUCCUGUUAAAAAGGAGGGCAAAAUGCCUUUGGUGAGAUCGGCCUGGAUCCACGACUGUCUGUUUAACGAGCGGGUAUUGCCGUUCGAGAAUCGACACUUGCUUUUUCUUGCGCCCCCGGCGCUGGGUGAGUUUACGGAAAGGCAAAUGGAUUGCUAUAAUGAUAGCUAUAUGCGGCAAAUCGAAGAUAUAACCGAGCUACAACAGAUCCUUGAAAACAUACCAGAGCCGCAAUCUACAGAUGAUGCCACAGACACUCUCAACCUACUAAUCGACUCCGACGAAGACGCCCUCAAUAUCCCUUCUCUCAUCUUUUUCGGUACAAAGAUCUACUUUGACUUUCCCGAGCAAGCUACCAGCUCAGCGCUUCCCGCAAAUUCGCCUUUUGAAACGGCGGUGCGAUACGCUAGGUUCGGCGGUGCGCAGAUUGCGGAUACUUUGACCGAUGAAGAUGUAACCCAUGUCGUGAUUAUAUCUGGCGCGGAUUAUUCUCGGAAGAGACUAACUGAGGUUAAUCGGUUGAUUUCGAGUCGCGAGAAAAUUCCUCAUGUUUUGUCGGUUAACUGGAUUAUUGAUUCUUGGUCAGCUUCGACGAGGUUGAGCGAGGAACUACUGGUGUUGUAACCACAAUUCAGAUUAAUAUAUAAGAAAUUUCAUUGAUUGAUUAAUUAGA